AGCCCAGUGUGAGGCUGCCGGAGUGUCAACUCCCCUCUGUCGAGCUGUCACUUGACAGCAGCAGCAUACAUGAACCGGAUUGAGGUCGCCUGCCGCUUUACGUUAAAGGCGUCGCCUUCGUUGCGUUUCCAACGGGGCGGCGACAUUAAAGGACGACAGCUUUGGCAUCUCCACGGGCGGAGCACGAAAGGGUAGGACGAAGGUUGUCGCUGCUAAUGCUAAGCGCUAGCCAGCUAGCUUGCGGACUGAUAGCAGGUGUUCGGCGGCAGACCGGCGGUGGGUGCAUUUAGCUGGCGAACGAAGGUCGGAUGAGCUAACGUUAGCUGCCGGUCAAGACGAUCCGUCUUCGGUUUGCCAGAAUCAAAUUGCCAAUGGAGUAGUUUUCGCAAGACAACGGCCAACGCUUCCUAUGUCAUUUUAUGCAGUGUUGUCGAUUUCUCUCCCCCCCACCCCCUCCCCAACCCCACCGCCCGCCUUACGCCGUUAUGGAGUCAACCCGUAUCAUCGCUAACUAGCCUGCCGCGGCUAUGCUAAUGCCAGCCCAGUAAGGCUUGACGUCGUCGCAGGGCUGCGGACUUCUACGAGCCGAGAGGCGUGCUCGAGAAUGCACACUGAGGGUCUUGGUGGACUGUCAGCCGAAGGAGAGGGACAUUUGUAGCUUCAACGUCACAUUUCCCUCCCGCCCCCUUGAGUCCUUGAUGAGAUUGGGCCAUAUGGUUUUAGCCAGGCUUGUGGUGGAUAUUUGGUGAAGAACAGGAUUAGGACAUUUUGACCCGAGACCUGACUCAAUGUAUAGCACUGUUAUCAACUGAGUCGUGAGGUGGUGGCCGCCGUGCCGGCGAAGGGAAUAGAUUCUGAAGCUUAACCCACGGACUGCAGUACCCAUAACCAGUUUGCAAAACGAUGGCUUCGGCGAGCAGUAUUGCUGCAGCCAUUGCUAGCAAAACCAAGACCAAAAAAAAGCACUUCGUUGCCCAGAAAGUGAAGCUCUUCCGUGCCAGCGAUCCUCAACUCAGCGUGGUGAUGUGGGGAGUCAACCACUCGAUAAAUGAGUUGAGCCAUGUUCAGAUUCCCAUCAUGCUCAUGCCAGAUGACUUCAAGGCCUAUUCUAAGAUUAAAGUGGACAACCAUCUAUUCAAUAAAGAAAACAUGCCCAGCCAUUUCAAAUUCAAGGAGUACUGCCCCCUGGUGUUUAGAAACCUGAGGGAGAGGUUUGGCAUCGAUGACCAGGAUUUCUUGAACUCCCUGACUCGUAGUGCUCCCUUGAACAGUGAGGCCCAGGGACGAAGUGGGGCUCGUUUCCAUACUUCGUAUGACAAGCGCUAUGUUAUCAAGACCAUCAGCAGUGAAGAUGUUGCAGAAAUGCACAACAUUCUAAAGAAGUACCAUCAGUUUAUCGUGGAGUGUCAUGGCAACACACUGCUGCCUCAGUUUUUGGGGAUGUACCGGCUCACCGUGGAUGGGGACGCAACUUACAUGAUUGUUACACGGAACGUCUUCUCGCACCGCCUUUCCGUCUUUAAAAAAUAUGAUCUCAAGGGUUCCACUGUGGCACGAGAUGCCAGUGACAAGGAGAAGCAGCCGCCCCCACCAGAGGAUGUGCCCCUGCGGCCCAAAUCUGGUAACGUUCAGCAAAGGCUGCAAACACUGCGGAUCGCUACGCGCUUUUACUGCGCCAUGAAACACGUAAGAGAUGCUAAGGAGCUGCCUACCUACAAGGACAAUGACUUCAUCAAUGAUGGUCAGAAGAUCUGCGUCAAUGAUGAGAACAAGAAAAUGUUCUUGGAGAAGCUUCGGAAAGAUGUGGAGUUCCUGGCACAGCUGAAGCUCAUGGACUACAGUCUGCUGGUGGGGAUCCACGAUGUGGAACGAGCAGAGCAGGAAGAGGUGGAGAGCGAGGACAACGAGGCCGAGGAGGAGGGCGGCGAGAGUGACGGGGGGGCCAUCGGGACCCCUCCUGACAGUCCGAGCAACACCUUGGACAGCACGAAGCCCCUGUCCCCGGGAGAGUUUGAUCCCACCAUUGACGUCUACGCCAUCAAAAGCAGUGAAAGUGCUCCCAGGAAAGAAGUGUACUUCAUGGCCAUCAUUGACAUCCUGCAACAUUACGAUGCCAAGAAGAAGGCCGCCCAUGCCGCAAAGACGGUCAAACAUGGCGCAGGAGCCGAAAUCUCGACAGUGAACCCUGAGCAGUACUCCAAGAGGUUUUAUGACUUCAUCGCAACUAUUCUGUCAUAGCCCCCACGAGCACCAGGAGGUGCCGAGGCUCACGGGGAGAGGAUUGGUGCAGCGGGUUGUAGGGUGGAGACAAAACAUGAUGGAGAGAAUGAAGGUGCUGUGAUGUCUUUGUAUGACUCUCCCUUACCCAUCUCCUAACCUCUCCCUGUUUGGCCUUCCUCUUACAGUGGGAUGCCACACCCUGCAGCAGCUAAAACCUUGUUCGUUUACAUUCAGCCCCUCCUUGAGUUUUACUUGUUUGGUUUUUUUCCUGUUUGUUUGUUUUUUUGACUAGACUGUUGUCAAAAGUGUCACCCCCCUCCCCCCAGAAUGUGUAAUUAGUCCUCUGUGUUGUAGAAAUGUGGCUUUUAUUUUGCCUUUCGCACCUCGUACAGCUCGUUUUGGUGUUUUUUUGUCAGACUCACCCUUAUGCUAUCGGCCGGGGGGCGUAGGGGUGUCAGUUACGGUGAGGUUGGGCGGUCAAAUGCAGCACAGAACUCAGGCAAGGUGGCGUGAUGUGAAGUGUUAGGCUGUGCUUUAGAGAGUAGAAAACAAGUCUUCCAGUAGGUGUUCAGCGAAAACAACCGACAGUCCCCCACAACACCCCCCCCCAUAUAUCCCUGCUGAUUCCCACAUUCUUUGUGUUUCGUCAAUUCAUGUCCUUUUACUUUGUGCUCUUGCCAUACGUCGAUGCAGCGCUUCUGUCCACACCGUGCACUCUCUCUCGUCCUUUUUGUUGUGUCGCGGACUGAGGAAAUUUGACUAAGGGACGUAGUUUAAAGUUAUGGGGACAGGGAAUGAUGCGGGUGUCGCGCGCGUCUAUCCACAUCGCAAAGGUAACUUCUGGUGCAGCGGUCUCUUCGGAGUCGGUCAGCAGCAACCAUGAACAGGCUUUUGCCAUCAGCACCUUGUGUUUUUAAAAAAAAAAAAAAAAAAAAAAAAAAAAAAAAUUACUGCACUUUUUUUUUGUCAUUACGGUCCAUAGCAAACAUUUGACUUUUUAUUACAUUCGUUUCAACUAAGAAGAAUCCUAUGAAUGUGUGGAAAACCUGCAGGGACUUUCCUCCAUUUGGAGACCAACCACAAAAGUAUUAAACUGGGACAAAGGGUGGAGAAAACCACAUUUUCUUGCUGUGAUCAUAUAAACCACAAUGCUGCCUCGGCAUCUAUAGGAAGGAAAAACCUGCCUUCCUCUGGUUGCAUCCAUAAGGUCAAUGCAACUUUUUCCAAGAAGGCUUCUUUGAUCAUCGGUGGAGCAAUGUUUCCAGAUGGAUGGUCAAAAACAUUCAAAUGAAACAAUUAGAGGUUGGUUUGCAAAGAUGACAAACAAUCAGUUGUCUUUAAGAUUGGCAUAGCCACCCCCCCCCCCCCCACACACACACACACACACACACACACACGUUUCCACUUUUACAGUGCAGCACCAUCACAUUUUUACUUUUUUUUGUUUUUAGUCACCACUUUCAGACUUUUUCCGAUUUCUCUUGACAUUUGUUGAGGAUCACAAUAAAAUAGAAUCGUGAGCUCAAAAUGGAUUUGUCCCCCUCACUGCUGCUUCACCUGAGCGGCAGCCGGAGAAAAAGUGUCACUGCAAUAUUUGACGCGUUUUGUUUACAAAGCAUCUUAAAAAGGAACCUUGCCCAGUCAGUAGUUGCAAGACGAACAUUUGCAACUACUGACAUCCGAUAGCGGCACAUGUCGGAUGACCGCUCUUGCGUGUGUGUGUUUAAAUAUGCCGAAGAGAGUAGCAGCCCCGUAUUUGUGGUGCAAAAACGCUGUUUCCUGAAAAGCGUUGUGGCGAAAUGAUGCAGGCGCAAGUUUUCCCGUUUGUGUUGGAGGGUUUUUGUAUAUUUUGCACACAAGGAAAGGAACCAAAUGUUACGAACAACAACCCCAAUUAUUCGACGCGGUCUUAAGAAGGGAAAUGCAAUAUACGUAUGUGUGUGUUUGUGUUGAAGUGAGAAAAGUGGUUUUGCGCGUGUCGUGUAGUACUUCUGUAUAACUAACUAAAGCAAGUAACAUCCUCUUCGACCCGUUUUAACCCGUGGAAAAAAAAAUCCAUCCCAAUACGUUUGUGUAGAUAUCAGAUUAUAUUCACAUUUAUAUUUUUACAUUGGAUUUUAGUCAUGAAAUAUAGUUGUAUUUAAAAAAAAAAUAAUAAUAAUAAAUAAAUAAAAUAAAAACAUGAGUCAUCCAUGGGGACUAAUGACGGUGCUGUGGUAAAUGAAGAAUAAUUAUGCUUGAAUUUCUCAAAUGCUUACUCUGAUGUGCUAAAAAAAAAAAAAGAAAAAAGGAAUUUUAAAAAUUGCAUGUCCCAGGACUAAAUUUCCUUUUCUCUCUAGUUAGUGUUGUCUGUUUAGGUUCUUUUUGUGUCCCUACACUUUUGAUGUGUGAGCUGUUCUAUGUCAUAUAGUGCGCCAAACACACACACACACACACACACACACACACACACCAUGCUUUUAACUGUUUUCAUUGUUACACUGUGCAAGAUGUGUGCCUUUAUACUCUGGAAAUUAUUUAAUUUUAUAUUUUGUAAUCUUUUUUUUUUUUAAAUAAAUGUCAAAUGUUCUUUUGAUAAUAGGGUGUUUGCCAUCUAUUACAGCCCUGUAUCCACACCCUUCUCAAUUCUGUGUAUGUGUAGACUUCUUGUUCAUGUUUUGAAUUGUAAAACCGUUCGAAUGCUGUUGUUAAAGCAACUAAAACAAGCUGUGUUGACAUUUGAGAUGGUGGUUAAGUCCUCGUCGUCCUUGCGAUUGCCCCCCACCCUUCUGCUGGCCCUGCCUUUUGACCUGUGCGCAUGGGUGAGGAUGUUCACAGGAGGCUGUCAGCCAUUUUCAUCACAUUGUCGUGCGGGCUCUUUUAUUUUCUCACGCCGACUCCCAUUUCCUCGCUUCCACACGUUUUAUGCGGGAAUGUGCGUAUUCAAUUUUAAGUUUUAAAAACCCUCCAAUCGGCUUGUUCUCCGUAAGGCUGUUGAAGAAUCACCUUUUAGUCUGCUCUUGGCACUGGAGACAACGGUGCAUGCUGGGAAACAGUUAAUGUUUUGUAGUUUAUUAAUUGUGUCAACAGUGAGGUCAAUGCCAGACUUCAGCAGAGUGCUGCUGCGCCUUCAAAUGCAUUAUUAUUAUUUUUUGUCUAUGCUUGUGAAUGCUAUUCUCCAGCUGCCUCUGACAAUUUGCCAAAAGUGUUUUUCAACCAACCGAGUGACAUCAUGUGACCCGCGCGUCUUGAAUUGGCAGAUCCUUACGGAUGGCGAGAAGAAAGGAGACAACUCGUGUUACUGUAAAAUGUUGAAAUGAUCCAAAUAACUGAAGGUGAGGCAAGUGCGAGACUGGAAAUGUCCUUGUCUUGGCUUCGAGAUUCCACAUUUUUGAGGAGUCCAAAACAAAUUCAAGCGACUUUGUGCAGAAAUAAGAAAAGCAGGCCCCAGCCAGCGCUCUGCUAUUUGUCCCAACAAUACGCGUGUACGUGAUUGUGUGAAUGUGAUCGGUGCUGUCAAUGGUCUGUGAAAGUUCAGUGGCAUCAUGCCCCCCCCCCCCCCCACCACCCCCUUUUAAAAAAAAUAAAUAAAUAAAGAUGUUUAUUGUUCUCAACAUUUAGUGAUGAUGAUGCAAUCCGCAUUCACUUCAACCAAUUAAAGCACUUGUUCUGCUUAACUAAAA